UCUCCUUCAAGGUGGCACAUCCACUGUACACUUUGAGCAAGAUGGAUGUUGCUUCCCAUUUCACGCCGUAGGUUUUACUAAUACAGUUCCUCUAAUUCUGUUGGAGAAAUGGGGGUUUACUCCUGCUGUCCAUGGUUCUGUUGCUUGUCUGAAGAGCAGUGGAACGCCAUUUACAUAAAUCGUGAAAUCAAACGCAUCCUUUCAGAGCAGAAAAAACAGAGAGAUAUCAAGGUGCUUUUAUUAGGCACGGGGGAAAGUGGAAAGACAACGUUUAUGAAGCAGAUGAAAAUCAUUCAUGGAAGCGGAUACUCAGAAGAGGAGAGGUGUAGCUACACGAAGCUGGUUUUUCAGAAUGUAUUCCAAGCUAUGAGUACAAUGACAGACGCCAUGAAGACCCUAAAGAUCCCCUUCUCCAACCCACAGAGCGAGAUUUAUGCCCAGUGGUUCCAGGAUCUGGACAUACAUCAGAUAACUCAGCUGAAGAGAAGUUAUGUAGAGGCUAUUCGUCAUCUCUGGGCAGACAAAGGCUUUAAGAUUUGUUACAGACGGCGCAGAGAGUAUCAGCUGCUAGACUCCACCAAAUAUUUUAUUGAUAACUUGGAGCGCAUCGCAGCUGAAGGCUACAUCCCAACACCUCAAGAUGUUCUUCAAGUCCGGUUCCCCACCACCGGCAUCACAGACCACUGCUUUACUCUAGAGAAGAUGACUCUCAGGAUUGUAGAUGUCGGGGGUCAGAGGGGACAAAGAAGAAAGUGGAUCCAUUGUUUUGAGAAUGUGACGGCAAUCAUAUUUUUAGCCUCCCUCAGUGAAUACGACCAGCUCCUUGAGGAGAAUAACAAGGAUAACCGCAUGGAAGAGAGUUUGUCGCUGUUCUACACCACCAUCAACUCAACAUUUUUUGCUCGUUCAUCCGUCAUCGUCUUCCUGAACAAAACGGACAUCCUGGCUGAGAAGAUUCAGUUCUCAGAUCUAAAAACAUACUUUCCUGAAUUCAACGGCAAACGUAGGGACAUUCAAGAUGCCAUGCUUUUCAUCAGAAAUUUAUACAAACAGAAAGCGGUUUCCUUCGAAACUAAGAACUCCAAAAAAAUCUUCUCUCACUUCACCUGUGCCACAGACACUAAAAACAUCCGGAAAGUUUUCACUGACGUGAAAGAGGACGUCCUCGUCAAGACCUUAGAGGAGUUUAGAAUGUUAUAAUGAGCCAAAGGUGCACCUUCAAGGCAAUCCAUGUACGUUCAGAAAUACUACUAUUUUGCGGAGGCACAUCUGCAUGCUCGUGUUAGCAAUAUUUGUACUGUAACUGGACACACUUGGACAAAAUGUAAUUAUAGGUUUUAUUUUGCUUAACUAAUAUAUAUUUACAUGUUAAACUCGGACUGUUUUAUUAAGGGAGAUUUCAAAUGGUUUAAAAGCCAUGUGAUAUUAAUGAGGAAAACUGACUUUAAAAAUCAGUGUGAUGCCAGUUUUUAUCAUUAAAAACAUGGCUCAGAAAAGUGGUUUGAAAAGCUUUAGCAUCAAUUUGUAAAUAAAUGCAAUGAAAUUCACUUUUUAAUGUGACUUUGAUGUCUAAAAAUAACUACUAAAUUAAGUUUCCCCUAAUACAUUUUGGUAAUCCAAAAGCACAAUCCAAAAACAGGCAGAAGGCCAUGUCCAAAACAAUAACAACAGGACAAAGCACAGGCAAAGGAUAAUCCAAAAGACAGGUAUUAAUUAAGAUUUUGGAAGAGUCAAUAGCAACUAAGAAGAGGAUCUGAGAAGAAUAAGGUUGAAGAAGAUCUGAGAUGUGGGCAGGAGCGAGACCACGCAGUGCUUUAAAUACAAAUAUUAAAACCUUAAACUCAAUUCCUUACUUUACAGGUAACCAGUGAAGCAAUGCUAAAAUAGAUGCAGUAUGCUCCAUCUUUUCUGUCCCUGUCAAAAAGCAAGCUGUGGCAUUCUGUACCAGAUCCGAAAGUAAGGACUGAAUAAUUCCAGCAUAAAAGGCAUUAAUAAUCUAACCUUUUUGAGGUGAAUGAAUGAAUGAUAGUCCCUUAAACUUCUGGCUCUUACUACAGAAGUUUUUGUCAGUGGAGUUUCAUUCCUGAAUGAAUCCGUGCUUUACUGACGCAAUUUGGUGAACGACUGAAUAAGUAUUUACUCCUCAACCCCUAAAAAAUGAUGUAUGAAUGUGUGUAGUAUGAAUGUAAUUUUGAUGUAACAAAUUUGCCAUGUUGUCUUGGUCAUGUGACCUACCAACGUUCGUUUAUGCACAAAUCUUUUUCUGUGGCUUCAUGAGAUUGUUAAGUGUCAGAAUCUUCAGAAUGCUGUUUCUUGUAUUUUGUCAAUUUUAACAUACUUAUCUUGUUACAUACUGUUUUUGGCAAAUGAAGGGAAUAAUGCAUCUCAUACCCUUAGCCUGUAAACACUAUUUAGGGGACUGCCAUUUGUAGCUGUGUCUGACACUAUGGGUUUUUCCUUUUCCUAAUACCCACACCUGUGGUCAUAGCACUUGACCACUGGUCUGCUUACAUCAUGUAUUUCCAGAAUUUGGCCCCCAAGUGUUCAAGUGUGCAUUAAAACAAGUGCGGAUACAACUUUUGAUAACCCAAUGGGACACUCUUACAACGGUGUUGUAAAAAUGUUUUACUUGCACAUUUUGUAUUUUCAAUACUUUGCACUUUAAAGUAAACUUUCAAAGGUACUUUCAGUAGUCACUAUGUAACAUCCAACAUUAUUUAAUUGUGUUUCUAAUUAAGUGAUAAAUAAUGUGUCAAUAAAAAUGUGCAGCACUAUGUUUUACUACCAAAUUUAUAUGCAAUAUCUACUUAAUUUAACUUAUUCUGUGUGUGUUUAUGGCACUGAGUUUGGCAUUUUUCUAACCUGGGACAGCACUUCUUGUAACGUCCAUGCACACUAAAGUGGUAAAGACUUCAAGUGUGAGUAUUCAAUCAGAGCA